UCAAACGAACCUGCAGGAAAAAGUGUUAAUGAAAUGGUAAGAAACAGCAUAACCCUGCCCGACUUUUCUACCCCUCCCUCGGUUGCAAUCAACAACACAAUAAGCUCCAACACGUUAAAUGCGUCUUUUGAGGCUUGUGACGAUUCGUUUUUUGACCAACCAAUAAACAAUUCUAGCACCGUUACUAAACCACCAUCCAGCUUAAAGCCCUUGAGGAGUUUUGAAAAAUCGAAAAAUGAAAAUAUUGUAGAUUUGCCGGGUGCUGAAGUAGAUAGUUCUGAAUCAAUAGAGGUGCUUACGCCUGUUACGAUUUCCGGUUCAACCGUCACGUCGCUCAGCCAACGAUCGUCUUCUUUGGUCAUGAUACAAGACGAUGAAGAAUCUGAAUCAGUUGACGUUCUUGGUAUCAUCAGAACCGUGCCUGAUUCUACAACAGUAUGCAAUGAAUUACCAAAGCAUGGUGAAAAAAACGAAGAUGAAAUUAGUGUCGUAGAUGAUUGUAUUGCCAACACGUUGGCGGAACAGCCGAUAACUAUUCUGGAAACAGAGCUAUUACCAAUUACGGUGGCACCAAGCCGCAGUAAGCAUAAGUAUUCAGUGUCCAGUGCUCCGUCCGUAAACUUCAUAAAUGAUGGUUGUAAAGCACUAAAGAAAUCGGUAGAAGAAAGUAAAGAUGUGGUUGUUCCUUCGAGAUCAUCAUCUAACAAUAUACAUAUUGUUUCGGAACUUACUACAAGUUAUUCAGUUGAAAGGCCUGUUACGGAAAUAUACCACUAUAAAUAUUCUGGCGAUGGAUUUCAUUUGAAACAAGCAACGAAACCAGAAGAGGAAUUGGAUCAAGCUAUGAAAGUAUAGAAUUGCAAACACAAACAUCUGACAUGGCGCACAGUUUUGUGGAAAUAAAGCCUGGAAGCAACGAUACAUCAGAUCAUUUAACUACAAAAAAUGCCACUGAAAAAAUUGAAUAUUCUGCGAAAUUUUCUGAUACAGUUUUUGGAUCCCCAGUUGGUCCAGGAGGCAGUCAAAGUUUAUUUCAGAGUUUAGGUGAUGAUGAGAUUGAAACAACCACUUCGUCAGAUAUAGAAAUUAUCUCCAGUCCGAAUGGAGGCGAUUCGAGUAGUACUCAUAGUGGUGUAUAUCGUACAAGUCCAAUGAAAAUUACCGAUGGAAAAAGUGCAAAUUUUGAUAUGCUUCUCACUAAAAAACGACGUGGACAUACGCGCGAAUCAUCUGAAAUUUCAAUGAAUAGUGGUAAUAGUGACGAUUCGGUACAUUUGUCUGAAACGGAACGCCUGAUGCGACGAUUAGUAGAGGUAUCAGAAAAGCUUGAACAACGAGAUUAUCGGUUGGUGGAACUUGGGAGACAAAACGCAGAACUUAAUGAACAAAUUGUUCAGUUGACUGCUCAGCUUGAAAAUAAAGCUAAGCGUGAGGGAGCAUCUGAUCUAGAUGGAUAUAUGCAACGACUAUCUGCAUUAGAGCGAAAGUUUCAGCAAUCGAUUCGAGAGAAAGAGGAUCUUAAAGGCAAACUUGAAGCCCUUAUAGCAGAGGCCCAAGAAAAAGUUGCCAAAAGCGAUAUGGAGAAAGCAUUAGUCGAGCGUGAUUUUAUGAUAAAUGAACUACAAAAGGAAGGUGAAAGUCUAUCGAAACAAAUAUUGCAACACUCAAACAUAAUAAAAAAAUUACGCGUAAAAGAAAAGGAAAGUGAUGCGUUAAUAAGAAGACAGUGCAAUGAAAUUAACGAAUUAACCCAAGAGACGGAACGACUGAAGCGGUCGUUAUCAGCAAAGGAUGAAGUUGAGCAUGCACAAAUAGUGGCCGUGCACAAAUUAACAUCUGAAAAGAGUAAACUAGAACGUGAAUGUGCUACUCUCAACAGCAAUUUAGAUGAUCAAACACAAAAAUAUGAAAGUCUCCGCAAGUCUUUCGAAUUUGCUCGUAAAGAGCUUAAUGAAAAGGCAGAAUUAUGUGAAGAUUUACAGAAUCGCUUGACUAAGCUACAAAAUUGUGAAUCAGAUUUUCAAUCUUUUCAAAAACAAAUAAAAUGCUUAUGGAUCAGAUAGAAGAGUUACGUGGACAACUACGCCGAUCCGAGCAUGAUAACGGGCAACGGUUGAUUCGUGUGAAGAAUGAACAUGUUGAACUUUUGCGACGUUUAGAAGCAUCAGAAACUCGAGCUGAAGAAG